GGUUCUCUAUAUUCCAUUGCCAAGCAUCAAGUUGGACUAGAGUCUCGUCUAAUGGACUUUAAUUUGCAUUUAAAUCUUGAGAUGAAUGACACGCGCAUGAUAGGAAUAUUUGGAAUCGGUGGAAUUGGUAAGACCACUCUUGCCAAAGCGGUUUAUAACUCGAUUGCUUAUCAGUUUCAAGGUAGCUGUUUUCUUUCCAACAUUAGGGAACUUUCAAGUCAACCGAAUGGUCUGGUCAUAUUGCAAAUGCAUCUUCUUUAUGAUACCCUAAAAGAUUCAAGUUUAAUGGUUGGAAGUGUUGACCAAGGGAUCAAUUUGAUAAAGCAAAGACUUUCCUCUAAAAGGGUUCUUUUAGUUCUUGAUGAUGUGGAUCAAUUGUUUCAGUUAGAAUCAUUAGCUAGAGAAUGCGAUUGGUUUGGUUUAGGAAGUAGAAUCAUCAUAACAACAAGAGAUAGAAGUUUACUAACUCAACAUGGAGUUGAUAGAAACUACCGGAUGGGAGAAUUGGAUCGCCAUGAAGCUCAUCAACUCUUUAGUUUGCAUGCUUUCAAAAAAGAAAAACCUAAUGAAGAUUAUGUGGAUGUUAUAGAACAAGCAAUAAGUUAUGCUGGGGGCAUACCUUUAGCGUUAGAAGUUCUAGGAUCGCUUCUACGUGGUAAAUGUGUAGCUCAAUGGAGAAGUCUAUUGGAGAAACUCAAAAGAAUUCCUACGGACCAUAUUCACAAUGUAUUGAGAACAAGUUUUGAUGGGUUGGAUAAGACAGAAAAAGAUAUUUUCCUUGACAUUGCAUGUUUCUUCAAAGGGGAGCGUGUGGAAUAUGUCAUCAAAAUACUAGACGGGUGUGGUUUCUUCCCAAACACUGGCAUCAACGUGCUUAUAGAAAAGUCUCUCAUAACUAUUGAUGAGCGUAACACAUUGAUGAUGCAUGACUUAUUACAACAAAUGGGUAGAGAAAUUGUUCGACAAGAAUCACAAGAACCUAGCAAACGCAGUAGGCUUUGGUUUGGUGAAGAUGUUCGAUAUAUAUUAGAAGAAGAAAUGGGAGGAAGUAAAGUUGAAGGCAUAUUGGUAGAUUUGGCUGAAAAUGACUUGGAGAUAUGCUUGAAAUCUAAAGCUUUUGAGAAGAUGAAGAGCCUUAGAUUAUUUAUAAAUCGUAAUGCACAUUUUUCUGGACAACCUAAUUCUCUCCCUAAUGAGUUAAGACUGAUUGACUGGCCUGGGUAUCCUUCACAAUCUUUACCACCCAAUUUUCGAGGAAGGAAAGUCGUCGUUUUUGAGAUGCGGAAUAGCCUCUUCAAGAAAAUAGAUGAAUUCAAGAAUUUCAACAAAAUAAGGAUUAUGGAGUUCUCUGAUUGCAAAUUCUUGACAAAAAUUCCUGAUCUUUCAAACAGCUUAGAUUUACAGGAAUUGAUCAUUGAUAAGUGUACAAAUUUGGUGGAGGUUCAUCAUUCUGUUGGGUUCCUUGAUAAUCUUGUUUCUUUAACAAUUUCACGAUGCUCUAAACUUGAGACUUUGCCAAGAAUUCUCAAGCUAAGAUCUUUAACAGCUCUUGUCCUUGAAGGUUGCUCAAUGCUUCAGAACUUUCCGGAAAUUGGGUGUAAAAUGGAAUGUUUAAGAUCCAUUGACUUACGGUACACUGCUGUAAAAGAACUGCAUCCCUCCAUAAAAUACCUUGUUGGGCUUGAAGAUUUAAAUUUAGAAGGCUGCAAAAAUCUUAUGAAUCUCCCAAGUAGCAUUCAUCUAUUGCAACAUCUAAAGAAUCUUUCCCUCAAGGACUGUUCAAAACUCUCUAGGUUUCCAUUCCAGCCUCCAAUGAAUUUAAGCAUUUCUAAUGAUGGUGAUUCCUCAAUUGCAUCUCUAGCACUGCAAUCAUUAAAUCUUGGAAACUGUAUCUUGUCAAAAUCAUAUUUCUUUAGAAGUCUUAAUUGUUUUUCCACAUUGGAAGAGCUUGAUCUAUCUGGGUGUGAUUUUGUUAGCACUACAUGCAUCAAAAGACUUGUUGGAUUGAGGCGCCUUAUAUUGGUGGAUUGCAAGAAACUUGAAGAAAUUCUUGUACUUCCGCCAUAUAUAGAAGAGGUUAAUGCAGGGGGUUGCAUCUCAUUGGAAAGAUUUUCGGAAGUAUCAAAACGAUUUGAAUUCAAUACAUGUGACUUGCCGAGGCUUGUAUGGGCUGACUUGUCCAGAUGCCAUAAACUGCUCGGGAAUAUGGAAAAUGAAGUGGAAAAGUUUUUAUCCAUUAAGGGGAAUCUUGAAGACUAUAUAUGCAGCAUUAUAUUUCCGGAAAAUAAGAUUCCAAACUGGUUCAGCCAUCAAAUACAAACUUCAAACAGUGAUAUAUGUGAAAUAGAUAUUACUGAGGCUUUGUGUUUGGAUGAGGAGAUCACAGGAAUGAUUCUCGGUGCUGUUAUUGGAAUAACUGAUGAACCUCAAAUACCCCUUCCUAUUCUUUGUGAGGUUGACAUCAUCAAUGGAUUGUCAAGGCAUUUUGAAGUCAAAAAAUUUUAUUUGUCAGGCUCAGAUCAUUUAUGGCUCCAGUACCACAUUCCAAAACUUAAUGAGCUAAAGGGGGACAAUGUGCGAGUUAAGUUCCAAAUUUGGUACUCCACAGCUUUGGCGUUCUUCAAAAGUUGUGGAGUCCAUCUAGUACACAGGUACGAAGAGAAAACGGUAGAUCAAAUGCUGAAUCCUCAGGUUCAAGGUGGGCCCCUUGAGGAUGUUGAUGUCCAUUUGGAUGUACCCGAUGAAGCUUGGAGGGCCCGGGCUGGAAUCCGCCUGGCUUCUUCAGCUCUUGGUGCAUCGGAGGUUGAACCGUUUACGAUUCUGUCAGACGAGGAAGGUGGAGACAACAGGCCUCUGGUGAGAAGGCGUGUCUCCUCGCUAGGAGCUGCCCGGAGGGCACCUGCCGAGACCUCACAAGCAGGCCCAUCGGUGCAGGAUUUUGAAGUAGGGGGGUCUUCAUUAUUUGAUCUGAGGCAGACGCUGGCGGCAACCCAAGAUCGGCUGGACACAGCCCUUGCAGAGGUAGAGUCCAUUCAGGGGCGAUUAAAACACUCUGAAGCAGUUCUGGAGUCUGAGAAGUCCAAUGCCUUCUGUCUUGGCACGGAGAGUCUGGAGAAGUUUUUAUUGGUUGAGGAAAAUCUUUAGAAUUAUAUACGAAGCAUUAUAUUUUCAGAAAGUAAGAUUUCAAACUGGUUCAGUUGUACAAAACAAACUUCAGACAGUGAUAUAUGCAUCAUAGAUAUUACUGAGGCUUCGCAUUUACAUGGAGAAAUCACAGGAAUGGCUCUCUGUGCUAUUAUUGGGUUAAAAGAAGACCCUCAAAUUCCGGUUACUAUUAGUUGUACGGUUCAGAUCAUCAAUGGAUAUUCAAGCCAUUUUGAUUCCAAAGAAAUUCAUUUGUCAGGCUCAGAUCAUUUAUGGCUCCUACACCACAUUCCAAAAUUUGAUGACCUGAAGGGGGACAAUGUGCGAGUUAAGUUCCAAAUUUGGCAAUCCACAGGUUCGGCGUUCUUCAAAAGUUGCAGAGUCGAUAUGGUAUAUGAAGAGAAAGCGAUAGAUCAAAUGUUGAAUCCUCAGGUUCGAGGUGUGCUCCUUGAGGAUGUUGAUGUCCAUUUGGAGGAAGCCGAUGAAGCUAUUGAAAAUUCAGCAAAUUUUGUGGAUGAUAUUCAACUUACCAAGAGACGUCGUGAGGUCCACAACUAUGAUGAUCGUUGCCCACGUCAAAAGAGGCACUGUGGAGCCUUUGGCAUCGGAGUAUCAGGGACAGACAAUAUCCAAGAGCAUCAGUCAACUUCACUCAAUCCUCGAAUCUCAAAGGGAAAAAUCUUGACAAAAGACAAAGUUCGGGUAAAGGCUCCUCGAUUUCGCUCGAGCUUUCAUGGCUGUCUUGGGGUUGGGGUUGGGAUAGGUCUCAGGUUCAAAAUUUUCCGACGAAGAAGAAGAGCAGAACGAAAAGGUAUUAAGUCCAAGAUAUGCGGAAUCCUCUAGUGGAGUUCAUGGGGGUUAGAAAAUAUGUUUGCUUGAUGACAAUCUACUCCUAGGAUCUGAUGCUGAAAAAGCUAGAGCCAAGGGGGUUCGCCUAGAAGCUCUGGGUUUGCAAUUUACCAAAUGGACGACUUUGUUGGAUAUUGCAAGUCCUCCUUGAGACCAUAUUGUACUUACUGGGUGUGGGUGAUGUGGAUACACUUCCACUGCUGUAUCAUGUUACCCUGCUGGCUGGUAUUGUGUGGAGUUCAUUCUAGGUUGUUAAAUUGUGGGAAUCCUUCUGUAGAUAGGAGUGUUCUUGGUAAAGAUAAUGAAGUCAGAUCCCAUUACUGUUUUGGCUGGGAAAUGUUGGUGUUUGAAGUUAUGCUUUGAGAAUUGAAGUUUGGUUACAGAAUUGACAUUCAGGUUCGUGACAACUUGCAAUCGGAGCUAAUAAUGGCUUCAUCAUCUA